GUAUCAGCAAGGUAAGGCCCUCUUCAGAUUAUCAUGUGGCUCUUUAAUUUAACUUUAAGUUGGGUCAUGUUUAUAGCCUAUAGUGAGUUUGAUUUUAUUGUGCAAAACCAAUCAGAAGAUUAUGAAGUCUGCUGCAAUGUUAUGGUAAAACCAAUCUAAAAGACUCAUCCAGACAGCAUGAAUCCUUUUCUCUGUCUCCUCCUGCUGGCUGUGCUCCUGCAGCCUGCUCUAUGUAUCUACAACUGCUCCUCGGUGUAUGAGAGGACUCCAGACAACUCAGACCUGAUGGUUCAAUGCGGCGCCACCAUGAUAACAAUAGAGCUCAACCUGUGCACGGCCCAGUGGGCAGGCUUCAACUCCUCCUCCCUGGCCCUCAAUGGGAACCACAUCAACCCUGCUUGUCUGGGCUCUGUCGAUGAGAGCGUGUACCCUCCGAUCCUCCGUUACCGCCUUCCAGUGAACAACAGUAUGGAUAACCCCUGCCGUCAGUCUCUGCAGAUCGUGGACGAAGUUCCAGAUCCUGCGGGUCCCUUCAGUAGUUUCUCAAAUAUCCAGUCAGUUAUCAUAACAUCAUACAUUGACACCCCAAAAUCAAAUGUAGGGAUCAUCAGCUACUCCACAGACCUGUAUUACUAUUUCUCCUGCCGCUACCCUCUGGAGUAUCUCAUCAACAACACAGAGAUUGUAGCCACCUCAGUCUCUGUGGCAACCACUAGCAAUAACGGAAGCUUCAUUGAUAUGCUAAAAAUGAGUGUUUUUAAUGACACAGACUACAGGUAUCCGUUGGUUGUACCUUCAACAGGACUUGAGCUGCGAACCAAAGUCUUUGUAGAGGUGAAGGCUGUUAAUCUCACAGGAAAUUUCAAUGUUCUCCUCGAUCACUGCUUUGCAACUCCCAGUCCUUACAACCUGACUCAGAAGGACCAGUACAACUUCUUUGCUGGCUGCGAGGUAUCAACAAGGACAUCUGUGACAAGGAACGGCCUUUCCAACGUGGCCCGCUUCAACUUUGAGGCGUUCCGCUUUGUCCAGCACAAAGACCAGGAGAAGUCCAGCAUCUACCUACACUGCAUACUGAGACUGUGUGAGCCCAGCAAUUGUCAAGUGCUGCUGUCUGCUUGUAACGCCAGAAGAAAAAGAUCUUUGACUCCUUAUGGAGGACAAAGUGGCGAUUCAGCCACCGUCUCAGUUGGACCUCUGUACACUGCCAAACAAGAUGUGCCUGAUGCAGCCGUCUCCAGCAAUACUGUAACAUCAGCGAGUGCUGGUGUGGAUGCAACCAGCCUGGGGGUGUGGCUCAUGUUUGGAUCGGUUGCUGUCCUGCUGCCCGACAUGGUGGCUGGUUUGUCCUGAAGUAGUAUAUUAGGUGCGGAGCUUGAGCAAAUUAUUGUUGCUUCAUUACUUUAAUCAGAUAACUUUAGAUUUAUGUUAAAGUGUUGUUUCUUCACAGCAAGUGAGCAGAUAAGUCAAUUGAAUGUUGUGGGAUCUUUUGUAACUUUUUCUCUCUGCACCUUUGGAUUCAUUUGGCCUCUGCUGAUUAUAAAGAGUAGAAAAGCUGAACUGUGAAAAAUAAAUAUUAAGAAUUAUUAUUAUUAACUCUUGGAGGUCUAAAACACCACAUAAUAAUUUUCUUUUUUUAAUGCUUGUAAAAUCUCCCUGCAACAUGUUUUUUCUGUGUUAUCAUACUAAAGAAAUCUCUCACAAAAUGGUUUGAAGGACUAUAAUUCAAAUAUUGAUUAUCUUUCUUAAAUAAAAAUGAAUAAACAUUUUAAAUCA